AUGCUACCGAUCAUUCCCUUCCGCCCUCAAAUCCGUCGUGAGCGUCAUGCAUUGAGCUCGCCCGAUCCGCCUAGUCCAUUGGAUUCCGGUUACGGCUCAGAUUCUCCAAUACCAUGGACGAAGCCGUCUGCUAAGGAGAAUACGCAGCCCCUGGCAGAUUUCCGGAACCACUGCGAUGGCAACCAGUCCGACUCGGACGACACGUUUCUAAAUAGUGAGCUUGAGAGCCCACUUACAGACUUCCCGUCUGUCCUACUUGCCUCGCCUUCAACAUCCCAGGGCACAAGGCAUCUCCGCAGGAGGUCAGCCACUCUCCCGCAGCGGGCACCACGCUCUCGCCUAGCCUUGCCGGCUUCGUUCUACUCUCUCCCACGCGCUAAGUUUCCGCAACGGGGCCUUAACAAGGCUUCUCCACGCUAUCUCGAUCGAUUCAUUCCCGCAAGAGCCCAGGAAACAACUGCUUCAGAAAGAUUCAGAACCGGAAAACCUCCCCAGGAACUAACGACAACCGAGAGGCUUAUCCGACAUAGCGCGGCCACAGAAGAUCCAUUCGUCUACCGUCGAAGGGUUGUGACACCUCUGGGACCCGAAUCUCGCUCCCGUUCACGUGCCGAAGUGGUUGCUAGCCGGAACGAAGUGGGCAAUGUGCUAGGCCCCCUUGACCAAAAUAGUAUUGAUGGAAACGACACGCAGGUUGAUACCAACACAGCCUGGACUGUUGGCCUCGGAGGGACCGCAGUUAACAACGGUCGUGGCCAGCUGGUCAGAAGUGGAACGAACGCUCGCCUCUUCCGGACCACAUUCCCAACCGCGAAACCGAGAAGCGAGGAGGAGGCCGAGAAGCACAAGGCCCGACUCGCGGCCGCGCUUGGUUUAGACCGCGCAGAGCGAAUCCUUGGUGCCAACCUAGCCGGCUACCGCAGCGGCCAGUGCAACAAGCCAGGGUAUUUUCCUUCACAUUGGAACGGGACGGAGUGGAUCAACGACGGACCUAUCCCGAAACCCCAGAAGCCACUCGCAAACCGAGCAUUGCCCACAGCUCCAUUCAAGGUGCUCGACGCUCCAAAUUUGCGAGAUGACUUUUACUGCUCUAUACUGGCAUAUUCUCUGACCUCCCGUACGCUAGCAGUUGGCCUCGGAAACCUUCUCUACGGGUGGUCUGAAACUCGGGGGGUGCAGCUGCUCAAUGCCGGAACUGAUCCUGACUGUUAUCUGACCAGCGUGUCAUUCUCUUCCGCUGAGGGAUGCAAAUCCAUCUUAGCAUUCGGAAGAUCCGACAAUACACUGGGCUUGCUGUCCUUAUAUGACGAUCCGGAUUCCUCUGUCCCACGUUCCCCUCCAAGGCCGCGGUUCGACGUCCUUCAGCCGUCCGCCGUCGCUUGCCUGAGCUGGAAGCCGGUGUGCACGGUCCGACCUUCCAGGAACCAUAUGACCCCUGGUAUUCCCGUCAAAAACGAGGACCUCCUGGUCGGGGACGAAGCCGGACUAAUUUACUACUACGCCAUCGAGUGGCCAGAGAGAUGGGAGGUAGAACGUGACAACUGGCCGGGGGAUAUGACGUUGCUAGCACGUAUCGUGGUCCAUUCACAGCAAAUAUGCGGACUAUCGUGGUCGAAAGACGGAAAUGCAUUUGGCACGGGAGGGAACGACAACGUCUGUUAUCUGUUCGAGACCGACAAGGUUCUCGAAUCCUACCGCCCAAUCCGUGUGCCCAACCAAGUGGACCAAGCUGAACCGUCCACAACGGGUCAUGUCCAUGGGUUGAGUGAGAUAUCAGAGGCCGAGACCGAGGUUCAGGUUAUGCGGAUUUCUUACGACCCGGUCAUACACAUUGGGCCUGGCGACGAAAAGCACCGGUGGGUUCACGGUGCCGCGGUCAAGGCCAUCGCAUUUUGUCCCUGGCAAGAUAGCCUAGUAGCCACGGGCGGGGGCUCCAACGACAAGUGCAUCCACUUCUUCCAUACCGGGUCCGGCGCUGCGCUGGCAUCUAUCUCGGUCUCUGCCCAAGUGACCAGCCUGAUCUGGUCCACAACCCGACGCGAGAUCGCAGCGACAUUCGGCUACGCCCAACCGGACCAUCCGGUCCGCAUCGCCGUUUUCUCCUGGCCCGAAUGCCGCCAGGUGGCUGCCAUACCCUGGGCUGGCGAACAUCGCGCGCUCUAUGCCAUCCCGUACCCCUGCGGACCCCAUGAUGCGAGGCCGCCUGGGAGAGGGGGGCGGCGUGGGAGACAUCGUAGGGCGGCGCAGGACCGCAGUCGCACCGCAAAGGAGGGCUGCAUUAUUGUUGCGUCCAGCGAUAAGAGCGUCAAGUUCCACGAAGUCUGGGCAGCAGACAAAAAGGGAACGGCUGGCGUGGCGGGGGUGCUGGGUGGGAGCCCUAUCUUGGAGUUCCUAGAGGGGAUUGACCGGGACGGGAUGGUUAUUCGGUAG